GGGCCUCAGGGCAGGCUUGGCAGCGUGGGCCCCACCACAGCCCCGCUCAGGCAGCGCUCGCGAGCCCCGGCCUUGCUGCUCCUCAGCUCCCUCGCCCCCUCUCCCAGCCUGCCCCUUCAUGCCUGCAGCUCCUGCCUCCCACCCUCACACAAGCUCCCUCCCACCCAGCCCAGCCCGCCUCACCUCCUGCUCUCCCAUCUCCUCUAGGCCAUGGCCGUGGCUGUUGUCCUCGUCCUGGCCGUGCUGGGCAUCGUCCUGCAUCCGCUGAAGGUCAGUGACCAGAUAGAUCUGGCCACGCAGCAGCAGAUGCAGCAGCGUGAGGAGCAGCUGAGGCAGGAGAUGACUCGGCUGCAGCAAGAGGUUGAAGAGCUCACUCAGGAGCCGCAGAGCGGACUCUUCCUGAAAGACAUGCUCUUCGCCACGUGGGACCUGGGGUUGUUUUGGGCCUUCACUGGAGGCCUCGUGCCGCUCCUUGGGCUCUGCUGGAUGGCCACGGAGCAGGACUUGGACAAGUCAGGGAGCAGCAGGGAGGAGAGCUCUUCCAGCAGUGACGAGGAAGAGGAAGCCCCUCUCAAAUGGGAUCCGGGCAGCAAUCUCCUGCAGCAAAUGCAGCUGCCAGUGCUGCGCCUGGCCAAUACGUGCAAGGUGGUGGAGGAGCUGGUGGCUGACCUGCUCCACGCCUGCUCUCUGGUCACCUUGAAGACUGCUCUGCUACGGCUGGAACCGUGCCUUGGGGUGGGCAGCACCUUCGAAGGCUGGAGCCCCCGGCGGGACACCGUCUACAGCCUGCUCGUGCCCCUGAAGCCACCAGCCGGGCACUGCUUCCACCUGGAGCUGGGCGCUGGCGGGGAGCUGCCGGAGAGGCAUGGCUGUGUUCGCGUGGAGCUGCAGUGCCUGUGCCGAAGGCAGCAGCUGCUGAGGGACGCGCGGUGCUUCCUGCACCAGCCCGAGGCUGAGCUGCGCAGCAACGAGGGCCCCUGCCUGCUGCAGUACCUGUGCACCGACUCCUGCCUGGACGUAGAGAAAUCCGCCCGCUGGCUCCAGCUAGUAGUGCCCGACGCCUGGCAGCUUUUACCCGCAUCCUACCACUGCCAGCUGACGGUGCUGCCCUCCUCGCGCUCCUGCAAGCUCUGGCUGGACAAUGCCAACGGGAGGUCCUUGUGCAUCGAGAUCCUGCUUGGGGUGCAGCAAGGCGACUCGGGGGUUUUCCUGACCAGCCAGGAGGCGAGGGCUGGCCUCACCAGCAGCACAACGUGGCUGGAGAGCUGCACCGUUCCAGAGAUGCUCUUCUUCAGGUUCGUGGCCACGCAGGCCCCGCGGCACAGCUGCCACCUGGCAUGUCUGCAGCUCUUUGCCCAUCUCCUGGAGGGCACAGGCUUCUCCACCUACUGCCUGAAAACAGCGCUCAUGCACCUCCUCACAGUCACACCGCUGACAGCUUGGCACAGAGCAGAUCUCCGGGAGCGGCUGGACGACACCCUGCAGUUCCUGCACCGCUGCCUGGAGGAGAAACAGCUGCCCCACUUCCUCCUGGGCAACGAGAGGGUGCCCAGGGAGGUUCCCCUGCCACCGGCCUUCCGAGCCGCCAGACCGCUCAACCUCUUCCAGCGCCUGGCGCACGAGCCGGCCGCCCACGCUCAGGCGCUGCGCGAGUUCAGCCAGCUGCAAGAUCGUCUCCGGAGCCUGUCCUAACGAUGCUGAAAGAGGCUUCUGGAAAUUCAACAAAAGCACACUUUGGGCAAGCUCACCCGAUCACGCUGAAGAUGCCCUUGCAAGCAGCCAUGCAACAGGGGCCCCUGUGAUCACCUGGACAGCAACCGCCCAGCCCUUUCGACAGAGCCCAGUCCCCACGGGAGCAGUACCCUAUGUACAGACCCCA